GUGGCGUCGUGUCCCGAUUUCCAUGAUGGCGGAUCGGCUUUCGGGUCGAGAUGAGGCAGUUGAUUUUGGCGAAUGAACAAUUUUAUACAAAUAUAUAACCCUGAAUUUUGCCUGCAUUCUGAAGAGCAUAUUUCUCUGCCUUUUUGAACCAAAGGAUUGGUAGAAGAGCGAGAGAGACAGCAAGAUAUUAAACUGACAAGAGCCAAUCUUACCAUGCCUAUAGAAGAAGACAUCAGAAACCAAUUCACAUGCUCAAUAUGUCUGGAUACAUUAAAUGACCCGGUCACCACAGAGUGUGAACACGACUUCUGCAGAGCAUGUAUAGUUGAGUAUUGGAAUAAACAAAACACAUCCAUCUGUCCUCUGUGCCGACAUUAUUCCUCGGGCAUCUUGAGAAUGAAUCGUACGCUGGCCUGCGUUGCUGAGAUACUUCGAAACAAGAAUGUCAACAAUUCUAGAGAAACCGGCUUCCAUGCAGGCAAAACUUUUGUCUGCCUGCUUCUCCUCAACCUCAUUUUUAUCUCCAUGCUCCUCUGGACAUUGAGCCCAAAUAGUGAUUCAUUUGCAUUUUACCCUAAAGAUUACAACACGUGUCCUCUGCGCAAGGAGAAGCAGAAGCUCUUCUGUGAAGAUGAACAGGAGUUAAUUUGUUUUGCCUGCAAGGAUAAGCAUAACAACCACUGGAUUUCUCAACUCAAUGGAGUUGCUCAAUAUUAUAAGAAUGAACUGGCCACAGCUCUGGAAUCAAUGAAAAAUGAGAAUGUUCAUCCUCAAGUAAUAAGAUCCAAUAUCAAGAAGAAUAUGACUUUGUAUCUGACCUGCCUCCUCUUCCUCCCCACUGUUACUUCAACUCCAUGUGGUCACUUACUCCAGGAUGAAGUAUCAAUGGCAGAACAACGUGUUGGGGAGAUCUUUAUGCGCCUUCGUGUGUUCCUGAAAAUGGAAAAUGAGAACAUGAUGGAGGAACUUCUCAGUGAUGCUUGGCAACACUUCACCGUGCUGGAAGAUAUCGUCGUGCAGUUGGCCCUUGAAUUUACUUCAUUAUCAGAAACCAUUCAAGCAGCCACCAAGAACCUUAUUCUGGAAGACGCCCUACUAUCCCUAAUGAAGCUAAAAGCAAUGCAAGAAAGAGUUAGAAUGCCAACUUCUGAUCCCCCAGAAGAGUGUGUAAACAUAGAUGAUACCAGUUUUUCUGAUUUUGAAUGUUGAAACUGCACGCCGGGGCCUCCUCACCUUCAACAACUCGAGCAACAUCAUAUAGAGUCGUGGUAUGAAGAAACCACCAAGCAUCAACUUGCAAUUCAGUGUCCAUCAUUAUACCACAACCAGCAACCCCCCCCCCCCAACACCAACACAUGAGCUGGAUAUCAUAAAAAAUCAAAUGCACAUUCUAAGUACCUACCAUACUGUUCGGUAUAAAUAUUUUAUCCAAAACACUAUUUCUCACAAAGUACAAUCAA